AUGAGAGAUCUCACACACAUUCGGAAGCAGACUUUUAAGGCCUACGCCUACAGUACGCCUACGCCUACUACCCUACCAAUCUGGGUUUCUACCCCAAAACCCUCAAAUUUUCGGGGGGUAGAAGAGGGGCUACAGCACUGGAAAAAUCGGGUUCCGGAGGGCUUUAGUAGCCCCUCAAAAGAGAGCUAUGGGAACUGGCUUACCGGAAUAGAAGAGGCCAUAGCCUCAGGCCAGCUUAUAGAGCUUGACCUACAGACUGCCCGGCGGCAGGUUGAGGAGUCGAAGAAGCGGGCAAGCCGAAGCCGGGCCCGCCUUCAGUUUGGAGGUGAGCACCAAGCUGCUCACGCUCACAAGCUUCGGGCCCAGAAAGCCGAGCGUCAAGCCCAAAAGCUCGCAGCUAAAGAAGCCCGGGUAGCCCGCCAGGCCUUAAACCAGGCCCGGAAUCGGCUUCUUAGGGCAGGAAUUAAGGCCCGGAAGGAAGAGCGUGCCCGGAAGAAGAUGAUUACCCGGUUCCACAAAAAGGGAUCCCAAUUCCUCCGGAGCUCGAGGAGCCAAUUCCUGACCCAGAAGCCCCCCAAAUUGAGAGCGACUAGCAGAUCGGGCGAUGCCAAUAACUUUUACAACCAUGGCCAGUUGCUGCCUGAGAACUUCAUCGAGACUGCAAAGUCCAAGGGCUAUGAUCACAACUACUUCUUCAUGCACUGA